AGGCGCGGGCGGCUGCGAGGCCGGCGGACGCACCGGCUGGAGGGAGCGCGCCGCCGGCCCACUUGGCCUGGCUCCCGGAGCCCGGGCAGCAAGUGCGGGGAACAUCAGGGCGGACGCGGGCGGAGCAUCGCCGGGGCGAGGGAAGCCGGGCACCGGGCGAGCGCCGGGGAGGCGCGGCGGGGACGAUGACCACAGGCUCGGUGCUGCCGCUGCUGCUGCUCGGGCUCUCGGGCGCGCUCCGGGCCCACCGUGAGGAUCUUACAGUCAGAGAGGCCUGUAAGGCUGGCUUCUCCGAAGAAGGCUAUACUGCGUUGAUCUCCCCGAAUGUCCUGGAAGGAGAGAAACUACUCAAAGUCGAGUUCAGCAGCUGCGUGGGCACCAAAGGGAUGCAGUAUGAGACCAACAGCUUGGACUUCAAAGUCGGGGCAGAUGGGACAGUCUUCGCCACUCGGGAGUUGAAGAUCCCCUCAGAGCAGGUGGCCUUUACCGUGACCGCACGGGAACGCCAAAGUGCUGAGCAGUGGGAUGCCAUGGUGCGGCUGCUGGUAGCCCAGACAUCAUCAGCACACUCUGAACACAAGGAAGGGCAGACAGUGGCCCUGGACCCCUCUCAGUCCCCAAAGGACACACUGCUGCUGUGGUCUCGACAUCAGAGCUCUGGUGGGCUGAGGAGACAGAAGCGCGACUGGGUCAUCCCACCCAUCAACGUUCCCGAGAACUCCCGGGGGCCCUUCCCUCAGCAGCUUGUCAGGAUCAGGUCGGACAAAGACAAUGACAUCCCCAUCCGCUACAGCAUCACGGGUGUGGGCGCCGACCAGCCCCCCAUGGAGGUCUUCAACAUUGACUCCAUGUCUGGCCGGAUGUAUGUCACUCGGCCCAUGGACCGAGAGGAAAGAGCCUCUUACCAUCUCCGAGCCCACGCGGUGGAUAUGAACGGUAACAAGGUGGAGAAUCCUAUUGACCUGUACAUCUAUGUCAUCGACAUGAAUGACAACCGUCCCGAGUUCAUCAACCAGGUCUACAAUGGCUCUGUGGAUGAGGGCUCCAAGCCAGGUACAUACGUGAUGACUGUCACAGCCAACGAUGCAGAUGAUAGCACCACAGCCAACGGCAUGGUGAGGUACAGGAUUGUCACCCAGACACCCCAGAGCCCAUCCCAGAACAUGUUCACCAUCAACAGUGAAACAGGGGACAUCGUGACCGUGGCAGCAGGCCUGGACCGAGAGAAAGUCCAGCAGUACACCGUCAUUGUCCAGGCCACUGACAUGGAAGGAAACCUUAAUUACGGUCUCUCGAACACAGCCACUGCCAUCAUCACGGUGACAGACGUAAAUGACAACCCUCCAGAAUUCACCACAAGCACAUUUGCAGGAGAGGUUCCCGAGAACCGCAUAGAGACAGUCGUGGCCAACCUCACGGUGAUGGACCGAGACCAGCCCCACUCACCCAACUGGAAUGCCGUCUACCGAAUCAUAAGUGGGGACCCCUCUGGGCACUUCAGUGUCCGCACAGACCCCGUGACCAAUGAGGGCAUGGUCACCGUGGUGAAGGCAGUGGACUAUGAGCUGAACCGAGCCUUCAUGCUGACCGUAAUGGUGUCCAACCAGGCGCCCCUAGCCAGUGGGAUCCAGAUGUCCUUCCAGUCCACAGCGGGGGUAACCAUCUCUGUCACCGAUGUCAAUGAGGCCCCCUACUUCCCCUCCAACCACAAACUGAUCCGCCUGGAAGAGGGCGUGCCCGCUGGGACGGCACUCACCACUUUUUCUGCAGUGGACCCUGACCGGUUCAUGCAGCAAGCCGUGAGGUACUCGAAACUGUCUGAUCCCGCCAACUGGCUGCACAUCAACACAUCCAAUGGGCAGAUCACCACAGCCGCAGUCCUGGACCGAGAGUCCCUCUACACCAAGAACAAUGUGUACGAGGCCACCUUCCUGGCUGCUGACAAUGGAAUCCCCCCAGCCAGUGGCACCGGGACCCUGCAGAUCUACCUCAUUGAUAUCAAUGACAACGCACCACAGCUGCUACCCAAGGAGGCACAGAUCUGCGAGAGGCCCAGCCUCAACGCCAUCAACAUCACCGCAGCCGACGCCGAUAUGGACCCCAAUAUUGGCCCCUACGUCUUUGAGUUGCCCUUCAUCCCCACGACAGUGAGGAAGAAUUGGACCAUCACCCGCCUAAAUGGUGACUAUGCCCAGCUCAGUCUGCGCAUCCUGUAUCUGGAAGCAGGGGUGUAUGACGUCCCCAUCAUCGUCACGGACUCUGGCAACCCUCCCUUGUCCAACACAUCUGUCAUAAAGGUCAAGGUGUGCCCGUGUGAUGAGAACGGCGACUGUACCACAGUCGGCGCAGUGGCUGCAGCUGGCCUGGGCACAGGCGCCAUCGUGGCGAUCCUCAUCUGCAUCGUGAUCCUGCUAAUCAUGGUCCUGCUGUUCGUUGUGUGGAUGAAGCGGAGGGAAAAGGAGAGACACACAAAGCAGUUGCUCAUCGACCCUGAGGACGACGUGAGGGACAAUAUCCUGAAGUACGAUGAAGAGGGCGGCGGCGAGGAGGACCAAGACUAUGACCUCAGCCAGCUACAACAGCCAGAAGCCAUGGAGCAUGUGCUGAGCAAAACCCCUGGUGUGCGGCGGGUGGAUGAACGGCCAGUGGGAGCUGAACCCCAGUACCCAGUCAGGCCUGUGGUGCCACACCCAGGAGACAUUGGAGACUUCAUUAAUGAGGGACUCCGAGCUGCUGACAACGACCCCACCGCACCCCCCUACGACUCCCUGCUCGUCUUCGACUAUGAAGGCAGCGGUUCUACUGCGGGCUCUGUCAGCUCCCUGAACUCCUCCAGCUCCGGGGAUCAAGAUUACGACUACUUGAAUGACUGGGGGCCCCGGUUCAAGAAGCUGGCGGACAUGUACGGGGGUGGUGAGGAGGACUAACCGACCUCACCACCAAUGUGAGAAGGGCACUGGAGGCGAGCAGCAGAACUGAGCCGAGGUGCCAGCGCUGUCUGGUGUCAAGAGGUCCCUCCCCGCUGCCGUCCCCCAUGUGGAGCUCUGCAGUAUGGACAUAGGCCACCGGGCACCCACCGUCACUGCGGCAUCUCGGUAGCCACAGCCACGUACCGCGAAGGGAGAGCCAGAGGCACAGCCCUAACUUGAAUUUCUUACCACAAAAGCACUGUUAAAACAAAACAAAAAAAAGAAAAAAAAGAAAAAAAAAAAAGAAAACAAAAGUGCCUUUUGGUACAUGACAGAUUCCCUAACUCAGGAGUGACUGAAAGAGGAGAGACAGCCCGAGACCCCCACCUCUGUCCACCCUGUCCCACAGCCCCAGCCCCACCUGGUAUCUUCUGAAGGCCGACAAGCAAGGAGUGGGAGACAAUGUGUCUUUUUUUAAAAAGCCUUUUAUUAAGAAAAAGAAAAUAGGUAACUUGUUUGCAAAAAAAAAAAAAAAAAAUAGUAUGGGGGUCCAGAUCUCAACAGUUUUUCUUAUGCACAGCCGGGGUCUCCUGGGCCCUUUAGGCUCCCCAGGGCUGUUAGGUGAGGAUCGGUCUUUCCAGCACCAAAAAAACAAAAACAAAAACAAAAACAAAAACAAAAACAAAAACAAAAAAUCACUGGGCUAGCCUAACCCCAUCAGCAGAGCCACUUCUGAGUAGACUCGGCUUUCACCUGAACUUGUGCCCUGCCCCAACAUACUGUAUAUAGCUGGAGCAGGCGUGAUGCCUGGAGACCUUCCCGGGAGCUCUCACCUCUCCACUUGGCCACUUCUGUGCCCUCAAGCCCACCAUAAAGCCUCUCUCUGGACCAGCUGUCACCCCCAAUACCACCGAGGUCCCUUUUUGCUUUGGUCCAGGACAGUAUGUUGUCUAAGAAGCCACGGCAUCCUGCAAAACCCUGGCUCAGCCCUCCACUCUUCAAGAUGAGACCCUGAGGGAUCCUGUUGAAGGCAUAGCAAUCACAAGCUCCCCUCAAUGGAACCCCUGAACGCUCUCAACACCCUCCCCAGGCUAUGCAGAUGUCAGAGAGCAGAGCCUGGCUAGACUCUGGCAGCUGCUUGGCCACCCUGGAACCCGUUUAACCUGAGCUCCUCCUGCCUGGUCCCAUGAACUGCUAUGGAUGUCAGGACCUACCAAGUGUCCGGCGAGAUUAUCUUGCUGUGCCACGUGACCACAGAUGCUCUGGCCUGAACCCAUGUUUCUGUUGCUCUCUGGAGCUGGCAGGGCACUUUACCAUGGCAGCUUGACAGCUUGACACAGGGCAAACUGGGCAGGGCGACCACUUCGGUAGGACAGCAAAUAGGCUGUGUACAAGGACCUACAGGAGUUGGCAAAGCUACCCCUUUUCACUGGAGGGGAAAACAGACCUAGGACAUCCACAUGUCUGGGCCCGAGAGAGCCCUGGGAUGGGCAGAAAGGCAGGCACUGAUGGGGCAUCCUGCGCCGAGUGAGUCUUCCUGGCUUACCCCAUGCUAUAAUUCACUCCCCAAGGAAGAGGCUGAAGAAUGCUGGUGGCUUGGGAAGUCUUGGUGUCCGAGUCUUCUUAGGGAGACGACAGAAGUCCCAGCAUUGAUGAAAAAUAAGUUUCUUCUAGAUCGCUAACCCAUAUCUACUACUGGGGGCUGGGAGGGUUUCAAAAGGGCUGUGGGUACCCAGGAGAUCGCAUGCUCCCUAGCCAGAGGCCUCUAAUUCAUGGCUCCUCUUGGCUUCUUUACCCCGUGGCUAGAUCCCCCCUUUCCAGACUGCUUUGGCCUCAAAGACACACCUGAGUGAACUCGCGGGUGCCCAACUCGUGGGUAUGACCCAUUGGAUGUCAGGGUUCUUUCCCAAACCAAACCCAUCCCCACCUCUAAACUCCUGGACUUGAGCUGGGCUGCAAGCUUAGCUGUGUCUACUCUCACUCCUCAGACAGCUGUCCUAGGAGGGGGGAUGAAUAGGGGCCUCUGUAGCUUCCUGGGAGUCCCCCUGCCUACAGCAGGCCAGGGCAGCAGAGCUCAUGAAGGGGUUGGGAGGGCUGUCCUAUGCAAAUUGCUCAAAUCGGCAAACAAUUCGGGUGGUGCUGAGCUUGGCAUGGCCACUGGUGGGAUUGCUGUGGGUUAGGGCUGGGGAAUUGAGAAUUGUUUUCUGGGUUUGAUUUUAGAAAACCCAAGAAGGUUCUUGGAAUUAUGCAUAUGUUUGGUAGGCAUUACCAUGCCAAGAACUCACCUGAAAUCCCGAGGCUUUCUUAAAAGCCUGGGAUGGGAGGUACCAAAUCCAUCAGUUACCUGAAGGCACGUCUCACCUGCCUCCGUCUCCUUCUCCCCACCCGCAAGGCCUCUGUCACUGCCAGGCCCCUGCAGGAACAUCCACGGGGUUUCCUAAAAGCCGAGUAGCUUGUCUCUUUUACCCUACACCCCAAGCAGCCCCUAGGGCUAGAGGAAAAUCGGGUUUUACACAUCCCCAGACCCAUCUUGGGACUCUGUUCCCAGGCCAACAAGUUAGCAUUAGCCAAGCAUACAGUCAGUGUCAAAUGUUUCUCUUCUGUAGCUCGUAGAUACAACGCGUCUGUGGUCAGGGCCCAGCCAACCUAGGCUGGUGGCCAGCUCUGUGCAGUACGAGGUUGUGGUUGGCUCCUUUAAGGAGACACCUACACCGCUGAGUGGCUUGGAAGAACUCCUGGCCAUGGUCAGCCUCGGUCACACCUGACUCCCGGCCAGCAGCUUCUCUCUCUCAUGUCUUUCAGCCAAUCCAAAAUGCUGGGUCUCCUGCCACCAAAGUGUCAGAGUAAUGGCCAAAAGUCAGGCCCUCAGAGAUGCCUCAGUUUCCCCAUAGUGAGUAUGUGGUCUGUUGAGAUGACACCUCUGUGCUCUCUAAGGUAAACGGGGGGGGGGGGGACUCUCUAUUUCUACCCACACUGAAAGGCAAAACCAAAAACUCACAGCAGAAUUACCCAGCACAGAGCACCAGGUGAGGUAGUACAUAGACCGCAAACCUAGCAGGCUCUGCUACACCAGUCGGCUGGUGGAAACCACCUCCGUAUACACCGGGGACGCAUCUUGCUUUUCCUUCCUCUCCUGUUCUCCAUUCUGAUUUAUUUUCUGCAUGUUUAUUUUUGAAAAUGGACAAAUGUGCAGCAGCCCGCAUGACUGUGGUUGUUUCGGGAAAGAUACCGGAGUAUGACGCGUUCACACUGCAGCUCUGGGUGCCAUGCGGUGAGACAGACGUUCCAACUGUUUUUGUAAUCGUCAACAGCACAAAUAUUUUGUAUUGUCGUUUGUAUCAUUUUGUACCGGAAAAAAAAAGGAAAAACAAACAAACAAACAAAAAAAAACAAAAAACAAAAAGGGAAGUGAGUUGAUGUUUUCGAUGUGUUUUUAGUGCCAGGCAGUCUUGGUUCCAAAGGGAACAGCAGCUUUGCGGAAUUGUCGUGUUCAGGAAUGGAGUCGGGCGUUAGCACGCUGCUCCAAAGGAGUAAAUAAAGUCCCCUUUGAAGUA